AUGCGCGUUGAUAUCGGAGGCUUCUCACCUGGUCCAGGCAUGCUGUGCGCCCAAUUCGACGAGCUCGACCGGCCUGAAGCAGAACGCUUGCAACUUGUCCAUGAUUUACUCUGCGAGGGAUCGGCUUCGAUUGAUGCACUCUUCGAUCGGCUGGAAGCCGACCAGUUGAUGUUGUUCAACGCCAACGCGGACUUCUUCUCGAAUUUCAUCAGAUCUCGGACGCACAUUUUCAAAUACGACACCGAAAGCGGAUUUUGUCAAAAUCGAACGGAUGGAGAACGGCGAGUUAUCACUCAAUUCAUUCGAGCCGUGGCCGCAUUUCCGAUGCGUCUUAUCGAUCACGCUGGUAUGAAUCCGGUUGGGCGGACGAUCACCCAGCUAUCCGCUGAACACCCGUUUCUCGGCGUGAAUGUAUCGCGAAAUAGAAUGACGGUAGAGGAGGGAACGCAGGUUGAUCGAAAAGUCUACGAAGUGCUCCCCGAGAAGGUCGGCUUGACCCCAGAGCAAAUGCUAGAGCAAUAUGCCGUCAAUUCCGAGGUGGAAAUGCGCGUGGAAAAGAUGUAUCUGCCCAAAAAGCUUGUCAACGCGCUAGCAACUCAGACGCAUUCUUAUUAUCAUGGUUCCGCGAUAGCGAUACGCCCAGCAAAAUCCACAAAAUUAUUGAAAGGACCACUCCCAACAAUUGCCCCGAUUCAAGUUGUUGACGUGAAGAAAACCGAGCUUUCCAUCGAACUGUUUGCCACAUUAGCUCGACUUGGCACCCACGCAAAACAUCACCUGGAGAAAUUACUCGCCGAAGUCGCCAAACAACCCCAAGGAUGGCAUGAUUUUGUUUAUAUAGGUGAAAACCUCGACAGUAACGCAAUUGCUUGGCAAGAAGACUUCAUCCUCGACCGCCCACACAUUUUCGAGGCGUUUGUAAAGCCGAGGAAGCGGAUGCGUCUGCGUUCCAGCGCCGAGCGGAGGUUCUUCACAACAAUCCUCAAGAUAUUGGACAAGGAGACGCAGCAAUCGGCAACCUGGUUAAAAGAAGAACUCGUUUGCCACAAAGAGAUUGGGCGAGACUUUCACGAAUAUCUCGAAUGGCUCGAAUCGCAGCCUGUCUCCCGGCUGAAGGACAAGAUUGGCACCGUGUCAUCGAGGAUGCUGCUCCGGCAUAGGGACUCAAAAGCACGACUCGGCGCACCGGAAGUUGAUUUUGUCGAGACGGCCACGCCGGUGUGGUCGUGGCCGAAGCCGAACAUCUUUGAAGAAGUGAUGGGCGAGCUGGAUUCUAUCGUCAAAGUGGAUUAUUUGCGGGAGGAUAGGCAAGUCCUAACAACCAGGUUGUACGGGUUACUUAGGUUCUAUCGACUGCACGGGCUGUUUUUGCCGGACGGGCAGCUGGAGGUCUUUUUGCCGCAUUGUAGCCGCGAC